GUAUCUGCAAGGCAGCCUUGGCUUGGGAAGUUGGUGAGAGAAGCAGGGAAGGGCUUGGAGGAGCGGAAGCAGAUCGGAACCAAGGGAAGCCAUCCUGGUUUAGCUCCCCUGCGGAGGGGAGCAGAGGGGGGAGGUCCUGCCUGUCUCCCCUCGCCUAAGCUUGCGUGCGCAAGGUUUUCCGUCGCGUGGCGGCGGCGGAUGAUUUCGCAGGGGCGCAAGGACCCGAAGUUCCCGCUGAUGGAUCUGCGCAAAACUUUUACCCAUGGGUAACAAAGGAGUCCAGGGCAAAUUCACCAAUGAUUGAAAAACAAAAAAACAACAAGACAAUAACUAAUAAGACCGAAAGACAGUUUGUUGUUAAUUUCAACACAAUGAGCCGCCGUGGAAACAACUGGGCCUACACCGAGGUCAUUGACCUCCUGGAUAUAUGGGGAGAGCAGAAGAUCCAGAAGCUGCUUCAGAGCAGCUACAGAAAUAUGGACACCUUCCAAGUCAUUGCAAGCGAGAUGGCCAAGCGGGGACAUGAACGCACUGCCCAGGAGUGCCGGACCAAGACUAAAACAAUGCGGAGGGAUUACAAAAAGGCCAAGGACAACCCCUCCUCGCUGGGCGGGCGCAUGACGUGCCCUUUCUAUGAGCAGCUCGAUAGGAUAUUGGCCGGCGAUUCUGGCUUCCAGCCCCCAAGGAGGCUACCGCGCGCUGCUCUGCCGGAGGAGUCAUCGGGGGAUACCAAUUCCCCGUGUCCCCUGGCAGAAGGAGCCGCGCCCGUGGUGCCUGAGGACUAUAGUGAGAGUCCGGAUCAGUUUUCCCCAUGCACACAGAUCGCCGUGGAGAUCUCCGACUCCGCCACGCCCAGUCCCAUGUUCUACAUGACGAGGGCGGUCUCCGCGAAGCCUGCAAGCAUGUCUUGGCCGGCAGCAAAAGCUGAUCAUCCGGCUCCAUCCCUCUCCUCUAUGUUCCUCAGUAACCCUGGCAGCUCAUCAACCAAAGGUUCAAGAAUGGAUGCAACGGUGGCCCCUUCGUCGGCUCUGCUUCCCAACUGCCCGACUCUGUCUUCCGAAGGGCGGCUGACCAGAGUCCGAAAGCGCCAAAGAAAAACCAGGAACGACUUGGUCAUGGAAUUGUCCCGAAUAGCAGAUAGGAGGGUACAGACCGCAACUGACAGAAUCCUGUCUUCCUUGAACCGGUAUGCUACCGCAGACCUUCAGGACCGAGAGAGGGACCGGGCAGACACGGCACAAAUCAUUGCCAUCAUGCAUCGCCAGACAGAACUGCUGGAAUCGCUGGUGCAGAUGCAGUCUGUUGAGCAGACGCCGGUGUCCCCUGCACCCUCGUGGCACCCUCGGCCACGCUCCGCCAUCUCUCCCCCCUCCCGUUCGGGUGUCCCCAGGAGGACACUGGUGCCCCGGGUGAACCACAGGCGGAGGCCACAGAAGUACAGCCCUUAACUGUACUGCUGAGGAAGAGGGUUUCCUAGUUAAAGUUGCUGGGUGCUACUGGAACAAUAUAUCGAGAGCCUACACCCAAAGGCAUUUGUAUUAACGGCUGGAGUUUCUAAUGCUUAGAAUAGGACAUAAACAGUGAGGCAUAAUAUAUGCUACUGAUGCCUCAGUCGUGUACCCAUUCUCCUGAAAAUGAGCCCCCUUGAACUCAGUGGGACUUACUUUUGAGUAGUUAUGCAUAGCGUUGUACUCUUAAGUGUUUGGAUUUAGAUGCUCCGGAAGACUGUUUUGUAGCAUAUGUUCCAAAGACACGAAGAUUAAUUCUCUGGUUCCUUAUUGGCCCUGUGGGUUAGACACUUAGGUGCUAAAAAACUUAAUGGGUCCUCGCCUAAUUGUGUUGAUGGCCAAUGCCACCCCCCCCUCCACAUCUUCCUUUUUUAAAAUUUUGUAUUCCAUGAAACGCCAUUUAAGUUUUAAACUCUUUGCCCACUGUUUUAAUUAAAAACACCCUGUUAUCAUCUUGGAGGUGGCAUAAACAUGCAAUGAUUGGGGUGAGAUCAACAGUGGUUCUUCCAGUGGUGCAACAAUAAAGCUUGCUAGCACAUUUGCAAAGCUAAGCAGGGUCUGUUAUGGUUUCAAAUUGGAUGGGGGACCAUGUGUUGAGAUUCUUGCAUUGCAGAGGGUUGGACUUGAUGACCCUCAGGAUCCCUUCCAAUUCUACAAUUCUGUGCUUCCCUCUUCUACUUGGUUUCUUUGUCCUCUUUUGAUAGGUGGGUCCAGCUUUCUUCUAUGCAAACAGGAUGGGCAUAUACUAUGGAUAUAAUACAUGAAUUUGUGUAUCAUGUAGGGUGGGAACAUAAUAUAAAUUAAUAUCAAACAUUUAUUUAAUGCUAACCAUAAGCUAGUUGAAGUAUAGACCAGAACAAUAAUGCAGUCCUUAAACAUAGGGUUUUGGACACCUCCGUGCAUCAACUUGCCAUGGCUAAGGCUUGGUCCUUUUCUGCUCCCUUUCUCCUAAAUCAUCGCUUUUGUAAUAUUCAGAACAUUUCCCUUCCUGGCUGAAAGCAUGACAUCUGCUGCACAGCUAUGGCCUGGCCUCCGUGGUCCAUCUGUAGUGUGGGGAGGUGAGGCAUGUCUUGAUGUCACUGGUAGAUACAGGCUUUGAAAACCAUGGUGCAGACCUGGCCCCCCGAUGUUUAUGUUGGGUAGGUGAGAUGGGUGUUGCAAGGAGAAGUUACAGAUGGAUUUAAAAACGGGGCUGAAAAGGUGGAAGGUGAAAGGACUUCAUCAGCGGAAGGGAGGGCGAGGCGUGCAUUCGACCUGGAGGACAGCAGGACACAGAAGAUGCCAUGCAGGCUGAUUUCAGUGAGCUUGAAUAGGUGAAUGAGGAUAAAAACGAGAUACAUGGGAAUUGGAGGUGGAAAGUGUUAAACGCAGGGCUAUUUUUCUAGGUGCCGGAACUUAACAUCUCCCUUCUUCUCUUAUAAUGCCAAUGGUGCCCACAUGAGAGGUGGGAGACUUUCCGGCUGAAAAAAUGCCAUGGUGUAAUAACUAAAAGCUAAGUGUUGGUUGUCAAGAUCAGAAGGGAUUCAGUACAACAACUUAAGGGGAGGGUGAUGUGAUCAGAGGAAGGGAAGCAAGAAUGCUGUUUGGUUGCUUCUCUGCUCGGUGGUGGCACUGCAAAGGAAGUAAGGGAGCAAAGUAUCUCACAGGAGAGGUACCAUCUAGUGAGAGUGGCAGUGGCUCUCUUAAUCCCCCCCCCGGCUUUUGUUUUUGUAACCUGUGCCAGUUCCACUGGCCUGUUGGACUAGCAGCAAUAAAUGGGGAUUGGCACAACUUCCAUCUUGGUUGCUGACACUCAGCGCAUUGCAUGAGCAUGCCUGCCGCUCUAUAAUUGCUGCAGGAAGUAACAGUGUAAGACAAAGGUGCAUGGCUUAGUAGCAUGCAGCGAAUACAGAGAAGGCUUAUAGAUACCCAAAGUAAUGAUCUUCAGGAUCUAUAGGAAAUGAUACAGUUGGAACAUGGACGCUACAGUGCAUGAGUGGCUUUAAAACUUACUUCCAGGGAUCUUUCAGUGAGAAAAAAUAAAACAGUGGGCAGUUUUUACCGGAAGAAAACUUCCUCACUGCUGUUUAUCUCUGCCGCUGUUUGCAGACACCGAAGAUUAUUGGGUAUGUGCUAGGGCAGAGCUUUCCAAAAUUUUCAUGUUGGUGGUACACCUUUUAGACAUACAUCAUUUCACGACACAGUAAUUCAAUUUUACUAGCAAACCGGAGGUUAAACUAACCCCUUUCCAACCCCGGGAGGAGAACAGGGAGCAUUCGUGCAACACACCUACACACUAUAGUCAACAUACUAACGUGUCGCGACACACAGUUUGGAAAGCUUUGUGCUAGGGAAUAUCGUUGGAUCACAUGGGGCAGCGGAGAUAUCCUGCAGGACUGACUUUUGCCCUAUUUGGGGCUGCUUAAGCCCAACAGCAGGUGUGGGGAAACUUUGGCCCUCCAGAUGUUUCUGAACUUCAACUCCCAUGGUCCCUGACAUUUGUCCAUGAUUGCUAGGGCUGAUGGGAGUUGUAGUUCAGCAACAUCUGGUGGGCCGAAUGUCCCCCACUUCUGACGUACAGCAGAUACAAAAAGGCAUGCAAUACCUAUAACUUAUUGAAAGAGUGGCAACCCAGUUGAGAUUGGUAGCCAGUUUUGACUUGUUGGAUAGAAUUAACAGAUGAAUCAGUGGGCUUAAGCAGUUGUGGAGAGGCCAUACCACAGACCCUUGGAGAUUGGGGAGCAAAUUAUUUUUGUCCACAAAAAAGCAAUUGAUGAGAAUUGUGCUUACCAUGGAUUUGACAGGUGUGCUAGGUCCCUUGUUUCAGCAAGAUGGCAGGCAAGGGUUGCGUUGAGAAAUACAAGGGAUAUCCUAGGUUAGAAUGGUAUUUUAGCUUUCUUUUGUAAUGGCAAACGUCUUUGCUUGCUUGUAUUAUAAACCUUGCUUCAUAAAAACUUUGUUUCAAAUCAAA